GCUGCGGGGUCGGUUUAUGAGUUCUUUUUAUAUGUUUCGUGCACGACGUUUUGGAUCGAAAGUCAGAAACCCUAGAUAACAAAAAUACAGUCGGUGUUCAUCUCUCUCCCAUUCAGCCAACGUCGAAUUGACCUUCCAAUUUGAACAACCAAGGUACCUUUGUGCACCACAUGGCUGGGCAAAGAAAUAGUCAUGGAAAGCGUUCGCAUUCUCAAUCUGACUACAAUGAUCAUGGAAGAAGCAAGAGACGGACUAACAGCGAUGACAGAGGACAGAAUUCUAUUGGUUCAGAUGAUACGGUGUACCGCUACUUAUGUCCUGGUAGGAAGAUUGGAAGUAUAAUGGGAAGGGGUGGGGAUAUUGUUAAGCAACUGAGAUCUGAGAGUAAGGCAAAAAUUAGAAUUGGUGAGACGGUGUCGGGAUGUGAUGAACGUGUUGUCACUAUCCACAGCACGAGUGAGGAAACAAAUGAUUUUGAUGGCCCUGAUGAUCGUGUGUGUCCAGCAAUGGAUGCUCUUUUCAAAGUGCAUGAUAGAGUUGUUGCUGAUGACCUAACUGCUGAAGAGGAUUCCGAGGAAACACCGCAAGUUACUGUUCGACUCCUUGUACCAUCAGAUCAGAUUGGAUGUAUUAUUGGAAAAGGUGGACAGAUAGUUCAAACUAUACGGACUGACACUGGGGCUCAGAUUCGAAUUAUGAAGGAUAAUCAUCUGCCUGCUUGUGCAUUAAGUAGCGAUGAACUUGUGCAGAUAUCUGGUGAAGCCUCUAUUGUGAGAAAAGCACUCUUCCAAAUUGCAACUCGUCUUCACGAUAACCCAUCACGGUCACAGCACUUGCUUGCUUCCUCCACACCUAAUGCUUAUCCUUCUGGUGGUUCUAUUAUGGGUGCAGCUGCUGGUGCACCGAUUAUGGGUUUGACUCCACUGGUUGGUGCUUAUGGUGGGUACAAGGGUGAAAGCGGGGAGUGGCCACGUGGCUUCUAUCCAGGUCCAAGGGAUGAUGCUUCACCGAAGGAAUUUUCUCUUCGUUUGAUUUGCCCUACUGCAAACAUUGGUGGUGUAAUUGGCAAGGGUGGUGCUAUAAUUAAUCAAAUUAGACAGGAAACUGGAGCAGCCAUCAAAGUUGAUAGUUCAGCGACCGAGGCAGAUGAUUGCAUAAUAUCUAUUUCAGCGAAAGAGGUAUUUGAAGACACAUUUUCUCCAGCUAUUGAGGCGGCAUUACGCCUGCAACCCAGGUGUAGUGAGAGAGUUGAACGAGAUUCAGGUCUUAUUUCUUUUACUACUAGAUUGCUUGUGCCAACCUCUCGGAUUGGGUGCCUUAUUGGGAAAGGAGGAGCAAUAAUCACAGAAAUCAGGAGAGCUACCAAAGCUAACAUUCGCAUUCUUUCAAAGGAGAACCUUCCAAAAGUUGCCGAGGAUGAUGAUGAGAUGGUACAGAUUUCAGCAGAACUUGAUCUCGCCAAAGACGCACUCUUACAAGUAACCUCACGAUUGAGGGCAAAUCUUUUUGAAAGAGAAGGCGCAAUGUCUACUUUUGUUCCAGUUCUUCCAUACCUUCCUGUGGCACCUGAUGUGCCUGAUGUUCCAAAGUAUGAGAAUAGAGAUUCUAAAGGUCAUGGACGAGUACAUUCUUAUUCUGGUGGAUAUAAUGCAUCUACUGACUUGCCAGCUAAUGAUGGAUAUGGAAGCUAUGGUGGAUUGCAGGGGCGAAGUGGUGGUGAUGCUUAUGGAGCCUAUGGUGGUGGCUAUUCUUCUGGACGCAGUGGGAGUUCUGGGUUGUCGAGGCAUAACCCUGUUUCUAGGCGGAGGGAUUAUGGGUAUUGAAGUGUUGAUCUGCGUGCUUGCGCAGCUGAGACACUUGAAGCCUGAAGCCAAGCCAAGCCUGCCUCCAACCUAUAUUGGCGAAGCCUCUGCCUAAACCAGAAGACCAGUUGAACCAGUGUUGGAAAACUUAUGGCCCACCUUUCAUGCUUUUCUUAAGAGGACCACUAUUCGAAGAUCUUAUUUACUACUUCUACUACUGAUAUUCUCCAUGUCCUAAAAACUAAUUUACCGAGCUUUCGUUUCUUGAUUUCCAAACAACCUGUGCCUUGAUCAAUGUUUCCAAAUUCCAUACCUUUGGCAGUUUGUAAUGUUCAGUAUUUUAUUGCAUUGUCUCUGAAGCUUUCU